CGCGCGAUUCACGCACUCUCCGAUUCUCUCCCCCUUUAUUUGACUCGCAGUCUUCCGAUCUCUCUUCGGCGCACUCACCCACGCCUACAAUCGAAUCCCCUCGUUGCGUUGACUCAGCUCAACGAUCAGUCUCUCUUUUCUUCGAGACUGAGCGGAUCAAGUAAUAGAAGUUCGACAAGGGAAAAAAUUGCUUUAUUUUUAAAUUGGCGCGCGUAGGAAAUUUAAAUUUUUCGGCGCUUUUGCCGAUAAGAUGUGCUGAUAUUCGUGAGUUCAAAUGGAGGAUUCGGGCGAAAGUGAAUAAUUAAACGCCGAGAAAGAGAGAAAAAAAGUUCGAGGGACAAGAAACAAGAAGAAUAAAAAAAGAAAGAAAAAUACGAGUCCGGUGUAAAGCUGCCCGGAAACUGAGCGAAAAAUCCUUGACCCUUUCCUCUGGAGGCACUCAGAAGGCACUCAAGAUCCAUCGCUGCCAGGAGAUGCCGGCAAAUCAAGUACCACGGCCGACAAGGUUAUGACACAGAUAUACCAGAGAUCGAGAGCGCGGGCAAAGAUGAGGAUCAGUUUGCCAGGGGUGGGCAACCCCCUGGUACAGGUGAUAGUGGGGACGAAGGUAGCGCAGGACGGGACGACGACGAGGAUCCGGAUGAGCAACCGGCACCUCUGAGAAUGGCAGGUAAUCGCUUGCCGAUCGGCUUUUAUGCCGCCGAAAGCAGAGACGACGAGGAGGAGGAUCCGGAUGAACAACCGGCACCACUGAGAAUGGGCAAUCAGCGGCCGAUAGGCUUUUUGCCGUCGUUCACCGGACCGCGCCAACGUGCUCAACACGCGCAUUUCAACUUCGAUCCUGAAGCGCCACCACCCUCUCCGCCUCGUCCGAAUCCGCAACCGCAGAUGUGCCUACUUGAAAAACCUAUUGAUAACAAAGUCAAGAGGCACAGCAUCCAUGGCAUGAUGGAAGAUGAGAACGUUAUAAGGCCACAUCAAGAGAUGGACAAACUCUCGCUGGCUGACAAGAAGUUCUUGCUAGCUGUGGAGCGCGGUGAUGUAGCUGGCGUAAGAAGUAUGCUGGAUGACAAACAAAACAAUAUAAACAUCAACUGCUGCGACCCGCUGGGCAGAUCGGCACUAUUGAUGGCAAUUGACAACGAGAAUUUGGAUAUGGUGGGCUUACUCAUCGACUUCAAAGUCGACACCAAGGACGCGCUUUUGCACGCAAUAUCCGAAGAAUUCGUUGAGGCAGUAGAAAUGUUACUGGAGCACGAGGAGAUGAUGCAUCCAGAUGGCGAAGCCCAUAGCUGGGAGCGACUAAAUCCUGAAAUGGCAACCUUCACUACGGAUAUCACCCCCCUGAUACUCUCCGCACACCGGGAUAACUUCGAGAUUAUCAAGAUCCUACUCGACCGAAAGCAUACACUGCCGAUGCCUCACGAUGUCCGCUGCGGGUGCGUCGAAUGCGUAAAAUCGCGUAACGAGGACUCGCUACGACACUCGCGUAGCCGCAUAAACGCUUACAGGGCACUGGCCUCGCCCUCUUUAAUCGCUCUCUCCUCCCCGGAUCCCAUACUCACAGCCUUCGAGCUCUCGUGGGACUUAAGGCGACUCUCCUUCCUCGAGCACGAGUUCAAGAACGAGUACCAGGAGCUUCGAAGGCAAUGCCAGGACUUUGCCACUGCCUUGCUCGACCACACGAGAAGCUCGUACGAGCUUGAGGUGCUUCUUAAUCACGAUCCCACUGGACCAGCUUUCGAGCAUGGGGAUCGAAUGCAUCUUAAUCGUCUUAAACUGGCGGUCAAACUCCGACAGAAAAAGUUCGUAGCUCACCCCAAUGUGCAGCAGCUGCUAGCGUCCAUCUGGUACGAGGGUCUACCGGGUUUCCGACGCAAGAACAUGUUACUCCAGGCUAUGGACAUCGUGCGUAUCGGCGUGCUCUUUCCUGUCUUCAGCGUUGCCUACAUUAUUGCGCCUCACAGUACCAUCGGCCAAACAAUGCGCAAGCCUUUUAUCAAGUUCAUCUGCCAUUCAGCAUCCUACUUUACUUUUCUAUUUAUGUUAAUACUGGCAAGUCAAAGGAUAGAGAGCGUAAUGGGCGUCUGGACGGGUCAGGAUAUUUCAGAGCAUGAGUACGAACCAACGAAAAGAGGUGCCGCGCCAACUAUAGUGGAAUGGUUCAUCUUAGCAUGGGUGUCUGGUCUGAUUUGGUCGGAAGUAAAACAGCUGUGGGACGUGGGCAUGGAAGAGUACAUUAACGACAUGUGGAACGUGAUAGACUUCGUGACGAACUCGCUGUACGUGGCAACUGUAGCAUUGCGCGUCGUCGCCUAUUACAGAGUACAAAUGGAAAGGGAACGUUCCGAGCCCGGUGUCCCUAUUGUCGAACUUCAACGCGAGCAGUGGGAUACUUGGGACCCUAUGUUGAUUUCCGAAGGUCUUUUUUCGGCAGCAAACAUAUUCAGUUCGUUAAAGUUAGUCUAUAUAUUUUCGGUGAACCCUCAUCUCGGGCCACUACAAGUGUCGCUGUCGCGAAUGGUGAUGGACAUCAUGAAAUUCUUCUUUUUAUACGUGCUCGUGCUCUUCGCCUUUUCUUGCGGCCUCAACCAACUGCUAUGGUACUACGCGGACAUGGAGAAGAAGCGAUGCCCAUCGAUGAUGCCUCACCUCGCUAAGAACAUCACCCAGGAGGAUACGAACGCGUGCAUCGUCUGGCGGAGAUUCGCAAAUUUGUUUGAAACUAUACAAACGCUCUUCUGGGCGGUUUUUGGCCUAAUUGAUCUCGAAAGUUUUGAACUGGACGGCAUCAAAAUAUUCACAAGGUUCUGGGGCAUGCUGAUGUUUGGCACGUACUCCGUUAUUAAUAUCGUCGUCUUAUUGAACCUUCUCAUCGCCAUGAUGAAUCAUUCCUACCAGUUAAUUUCCGAACGCGCUGAUACAGAAUGGAAGUUCGCACGCAGCAAGUUGUGGAUAAGCUACUUCGAGGAAGGAGGUACUGUGCCGCCACCUUUUAACAUCAUCCCUACACCAAAAAGCGCCUGGUAUGUCGGCAAAUGGAUUUACCGCAAGCUAUGCGGUCACAGUAAAGCUGCCAAGACCGAGCAUGCGCGCACCAUCAGAAGAAAAAAGGAUCAGGCGAGUAAGAGGGAUUCCCGAUACCAAGGGAUAAUGAAGAACUUGGUGAGGCGUUACGUGACGGUAGAGCAACGUAAGACGGAAAACGAAGGCGUAACGGAGGAUGACGUGAACGAGAUCAAGCAGGACAUCAGUGCAUUCCGUUGCGAGCUGCUCAACAUCUUGCAUAAGUCGGGAAUGCAAACGGAUGUCACCUCCGGCACGGGUACCGACGGUAGCGUGAAAGAGUUGUCCUUAGGUGUGGGUGGCAAGAAGAAUCGUCAGAAGGAGCGUCGACUGAUGAAAGGCUUCCAGCUUGGUUCGGCCGUCGGCAGCAGCACCUUGCCAUGCGUCGCGGAAUUUAUGUCAGGACUCCGCAACGAGAUGAGUCAACAGACGCCGGAUGGAUCAGGCUACCAUCAUGCAGAAAAUUUUGGGAGUACCUACAGUGGUAUAUUUGGUGGUCCCGGUACGACGCCCAAAAGAAAUCCUCAUCACAUAAGUACAAACAGCGUGCCCGGGUUGGCUUCUUGUCAGAAGCCUUCCAGGGACUCGAGAAACGGCUCGAGGAAAAGACGCUGGGGCACGCUAAUCGAGGCUGCCAAAUCUGGCAGAGUUUCUAGACUUAUCGGCCGUUCACGCUCGCAAGACUCCGUCUACUCCCCAGCUUCCGAAGACGGUGGUUCCCGUUCCGAGGGCUCGUCCGACUCCAAAUCUUCCUUAGACGCGCCGUCUCAGGACUCUCACUACCCGCAGCACUCGUCCCACCAACACGGAACACAUCACCAGCAUCACCGUCACCAUCAUCAUCAUCAGCAGCAGCAGCAGCAGCAGCCUUCGCAGCAGCCUUCGCAGCAGCCUUCGCAGCAGCCAUCCCAACAAACGCAAUCUCAUCCAACAAACGAAGGCCACCACGUGUUCGGCUACGCAUUGGGUCCAGCCUUGGCGGCUCUCAGGCGUAAGCGCAAAAAGUUCUCGGCCUCGCGCUCCUCCACCCCGGCGAUGACGAGUAGCGGCAACAAUAGCGCCAGCCAGUCCACCACGAUGGAGUCGAUGAUACAACCCAUCACCUCGGUCUUUGCCUCGCGUGCUAGCAAAAAGCAACUGCAACGAGCGAGUAGUGUUCCGACGCGUAGCCCUGAGAUCACUAUCCAACACGAGGUACCACUACGACGACACGAGACGACUCAAAGUCAACAGCCUAGUCUAGAUGAAGCUGCGACGGUCGAAGCCAAGAACCAAGGUGGUGUAGCAGCGGUCGCGAGUUCGACGGUGGACUUGACCCCAUCCACCACCGAGGAGAGUGUGUUGAGCGCGAGCACGUCGGUGGUCAAACGCAACGGCUCGGCACAGCGGCUACCCCCGGGCAUUGAGCCCAUCACCGGACACGACGCAUCUGCUUCGACUGGCUGGCUCUAAUCGACACACACACCUUGCACAAUCAUGCUAAAGCCUCUAUCGAAACUAUCUGUCGUUGUCAGUCAGCUGAGAAGUCGUCUCGGAUUGAAUUGCGAAUUUGCGGCUUCUUCGGGGCUGGUUAUAGCCAAAUAGAUGUAAAAAUCAUGGUCUAUGGAUUGAUUUUCGAGCGAUAACAAUUCCGAAAUGAAGCGCUGGGAAUCACUUGUAAAACUUUUUUACAAGCACUCUUUCUAAAACUUCACAAUUUGAGCUUGCGGAAUUCAAAUAACUCUAAAAUUCGUUUCCUAUAAAACAGUUCUACUCAUUUUAAUAAUUCAAGUAAUUAGAUUACGACUAUUAACUGUGCAAUAGUACAUUUUAAAACACUCUCAACAUUCUAAAUCGUUAUCUUGAAGGUAAUUGUACAUCGCUUCGAUUACAUUUUCAUGAACACGAAAUCAUUUGUAUAACAUUUUUUAAAGAUGGUGUAAAUGAUUUUAACUCAAUGAAAAAACUACCGAACCAAAACUACUAUCAGCUCUAAGUACACCACCAUUACUGCCAAACUAGAAGUGCCACGUGGGUCACCCGUCGUAAGCCCAAAGAAGGAAACAUAAAAGUAAUUCUCAACCGCGCGGUCGGGUAUUUUGACGAAUCAUCAUGAAAAAAAAGUUACAUGAAUAUAUAUGCCUAUUAGUCUAUAAUUGUAGUUUAAAUAUUUGUACAUUACAGUAAUGUUAAUUUUAACUUAGAAUUUAGAAAUCAAAAUAUACAAAAUAAUAUAGACAUACUUACAUAAGAUGUAGAUCUUUUGCAGAUUUGGUUCAGGAUAGAUAAAAUAUAAGAAAACUUCAACACUAUCCUCAAUUUUGAAGCAACAUCUACUAUCAUUUUAAUAUUUUAAACAGUUUUAAUAGAAUGCUAAUAAUUUUUUAUGUGGCCUUAUUUGUGUAAUAAUAUA